AUGGCUGCCAAACAGCCGCUCAUCAGCGUGGAGCCGGUGCCGCCGUUGGCUUGCGGCCAAGAUGCCGGCGGCGUGACAGGGGAUGGCGACAGCGGCGUGCGCCUGCUGCGAUUGAACAAUACUCAGGGCUCCCUCAACAGCCUGACCCUGGACAUGGCCGCAGCAUUCAAGGAGGUGGCAGACCAGCUGGUGCUGGACCAAGGCCUGCGUGCGCUGGUCAUCACCGGCGAGGGCCGUGCCUUCUCUGCUGGCGGCGACUUUGGGUUCAUUGAGGACCGCAUACAGGGGGAGGUGGAGGACAACUUCCGGGUGUUGAGCGGUUUCUACACCACCUUCCUGGCGCUGCGGAAGCUGCCCGUCCCCACCAUAGCCGCCAUCAACGGCCCCGCCGUCGGGGGCGGCAUGGGGCUGGCCAUGGCUGCCGACAUGCGCAUCGCCGCGUCGACGGCAAAGCUGUCGUUCAACUCUGUCAAGCUGGGGCUGACGCCGGGCAUGGCGUCGACCUGUGUCCUGCCGGCCGCGACCAGCCACCAGGUCGCGUGCCGCCUGCUGCUGACCGGUGACCUCAUCACCGCACAGGAGGCACUGGAGCUGGGUCUGGUGCUGCAGGUCACCGAGCCCGACAAGCUGCUGGGCGCGGCGCAGCAGCUGGCAGGGCGCAUCGCCACCGCGUCCCCGUCCGCCGUGGCCACGACGCUGCGCAUGCUGCGGGGGCGGCUGCCCUGGGAGCAGCUGGAGGGGGCGGCCCUGGAGGAGGCGCGGCUGCAGGCCACCUUCUUCAAGCAGCCUGACUGCCGCGAGGGGGUUGACUCGGUCAAGGGCAAGCGGCCGGCGCGGUUCGGGCCAAUUGAGCGGCCAGCGACUACUUGA